CGGUUGAAUGACUCUACGUGACCUCGAUGCCCGACGGGGACCGUCACGUGUACUGCCCCCUGAGCCAAUGGGAGAUGGCGCGAUAUGAUGUCAGGGCGUUGCGGGGUGAUGUGGUCACCCAUGGCGGCGGCGCGCGGCCCCGGGAUGGCGCCAUGAUGCCAAGCAAGAAGAAAGAAGCGGCUCCACCGCAGUAUUAUGUGGCCAAGAAGAUCAUCAUCAAGGAUGGAGGCACGCCGCAAGGAAUAGGUGCACCAAGUGUAUACCAUGCUGUGAUAGUAAUAUUUCUGGAGUUCUUUGCUUGGGGCCUUCUGACAGCACCGACGCUUGGAGUCUUGCAUGAGACAUUUCCCAAGCAUACAUUCUUGAUGAAUGGCUUAAUCCAGGGUGUAAAGGGAUUACUGUCAUUUCUGAGUGCACCCUUGAUAGGUGCACUUUCAGAUGUGUGGGGGCGAAAGUCUUUCCUGCUGCUGACUGUCUUUUUCACUUGUGCUCCUAUUCCUUUAAUGAAAAUUAGUCCAUGGUGGUAUUUUGCAGUUAUCUCUGUGUCUGGAGUGUUUGCUGUAACCUUCUCUGUAGUAUUUGCUUAUGUGGCUGACAUAACACAGGAACAUGAAAGAAGUAUGGCCUAUGGACUGGUUUCAGCCACAUUUGCUGCAAGCUUGGUUACUAGCCCAGCCAUUGGUGCGUAUCUUGGUGGAAUUUAUGGGGACAAUCUUGUGGUUAUUCUUGCCACAGCUAUUGCUUUGCUAGAUAUUUGCUUCAUAUUGGUGGCUGUGCCAGAAUCUCUUCCUGAGAAAAUGCGGCCUGCAUCUUGGGGAGCGCCCAUCUCAUGGGAGCAAGCUGAUCCAUUUGCUUCGCUCAAGAAAGUUGGCCAAGAUUCAACAGUCCUUCUUAUCUGCAUUACAGUUUUCCUCUCCUAUCUGCCAGAAGCAGGGCAGUAUUCCAGUUUUUUUCUUUACCUCAGACAGGUCAUGAGAUUUUCAGCAGAAAGUGUCACUGUAUUUAUAGCUGUCCUUGGAAUCCUCUCCAUUAUUGCACAAACAGCAGUUCUGAGUUUGCUGAUGCGAUCUAUUGGAAACAAAAACGCUAUUCUGCUUGGUUUAGGAUUCCAGAUGUUGCAGUUGGCCUGGUAUGGUUUUGGCUCUGAACCAUGGAUGAUGUGGGCAGCAGGAGCAGUGGCAGCCAUGUCCAGCAUUACAUUCCCAGCAGUGAGUGCAUUGGUGUCAAGGAAUGCUGAUUCAGACCAACAAGGUGUCGUUCAAGGAAUGGUCACAGGAAUUCGAGGGUUGUGUAAUGGCCUGGGACCUGCCCUUUAUGGAUUUGUAUUCUAUAUUUUUCACGUUGAACUAAAUGAGUCACCAGAGAAUGAUGCUGGAUCAUCUGACAGUAAGAAAACACAAAGCCAUUCUCAGCAGAGUUCAAUAAUUCCUGGACCACCAUUCUUAUUUGGAGCGUGCUCAGUAUUGCUGGCUUUGCUUGUUGCCUUCUUCAUCCCAGAGUAUAGAAACAUGUCUGUAAGAUCCAGCAGCUGGAAGAAACAUGCUGGUAACCAUGGCCAUGCACACAAUCCACAGCUCCCUUCUGAAGCUAAAGAACCUCUACUUCAGGAUACCAGUGUAUGACAACAGUUUGUUGCAAUACCUAGCUACUUCUGAUGAACACUGAAAACAUUUGAGUACGUUUUAAAAAAAAACUGGUGUGGAUGUAAAACAAUACAGGAAUUUCUGAAUCCAGUAAUUUGGGCAAUGCAACUCAUCAUUGUAUUGAUCCCUUCACGAUGUUGGAGGAGUGCAGUUAUGAGAGGAGAUUGGCUGCAUAUGUGUAUUUUACAAGCAGCCAAGUGACCAAUAUUUUCCUGGGAGGUUUCUUUUUUUGGAGGAUUUUGACCUGAUGCUGGUCCAAUUCCCCGUGACAUGGCUAAAAUGUAAAUUGUGCCAUGUGAAAGAAAAUCAUUAAACACAAUGUGUUAGUGUGGCUCUGCAUUAUUUAAAGAUGUAAUAAAUAUUAAUAACUGGGCUAGAUCUAAAACUGUGGUCAGUCUAUGCUGGAGGUGUUCUGCUGUAUAUGGAUCUAGACCUAAAGCUGAUGUCCCAAUGGGACUGAUUCAUUUUGAGUGUUACUGUGGAAGCAAGUGUGAUUAGAUACUUGAGCCUUAAUGUUGUAAAAUCACUUGAAUACAAAGUGAAAGCUGAUUUGUGAUAAUUUAUCUGCAAGUAUUCGAGGCAGCAUGCAAUUUGGAAAUGAAAACACUGCAUUAAGCAGACUUUUAAAUUGACUUUGAGAGUUUAUUUAAUUCAUUCAGCUGCUUAUCUUGAGUAUCAUGUUGAUGAGACCAUUUUAACCUGGAACUGGUGCUAGAAUGCCUUGCUCUUGUGGACUGAGUGAAAUGUGCACCUGACUUCACUUCAGUUUGCUUCAGCAAGCAAGCUUAAAAGGCAGUUUGCCUUAAAUGCUUGUUUACUGGGGUAUUGUUAAUGUGAUGGGUUUUGCCAUUUAAUUCAAUAUUCUUAAUGCCACAUUUUCUCUGCCUUUAUUUUUGAUGCUUUUGUAGCUGUUGUAAUGAAUGGUACUUAACUUCAAAACUAGAUACAAAACAUGAACUUCAGACCUUGCAGCCUUGAAAAUUUAUAUUUUGUAUGUUAAUAUAGUGGCCUUUUUAGCAAUAUAAUCUGUUUUGUGGUAAAUAGAAUUAAGUGUCAAAUUUGCUACAUUCUUAAAUUGUCUUGUUAAUUGAAAUAUUAUAUUGCUUUGUGUUAAAACACCAAUACAUUGAAAAUAAUUCCUGAACUUCUACAUUUCAUUUUGUGAUGUCUUUUUAUUUGGACCU